UACAUUUUUUUCAGUAUCUCUAGAACUGAGCCAACCAAGGAAAAGGAGAUGUUAAUCAUGGACAGCAUCAAAUAUUUGUUUUCUGAUUUGAAAACAUCUCUUUGACGAUUGAAACAAUAAAUAAUAAAACCAAAUGCAUCAUUACUGUAAAUCCAACAUAUGAGCCAUACUAAAUUAAAUGCCAAAAUUCUCCAGCAAAUGGGGGGGUUUCUUGCAAUUGUAAAUUCAUUACUCUGAUACCCUGUUCUUUUUUCUUUCUCUAUAUAUCUCUUCUAUCUCUUUCUUUGCUUCAAAUGUUAUAGCUUUUGUUACUAUUUACUCUCUACAAACUGUAGGCUUCUUUGUUUUCAUUUUAUUGACUUACCCUCUCUGGUAAGGCGUUUUCAUGUAAUCUUCUACCUGUUUUCUGAUGAACAACAUGGCUGAGGAGAGCUGCAGUGACCCCUCAGAUUUAAGAUCUCAGGAUGUAGAUUAUUCAUAUGUUCCUGAGCUCAGUGAUGAGCUAGAGAGCUUGAUCUUGGCUCGAUUUCCGAGGUCGGAGCAUUGGAAACUUUACUUGCUAAACAAGCAUUUCUCGGAUCUUCUAAAGAGUGGCGAGUUGAACAAAAUCAGGAAGGAAAUUGGGUUCAAAGAAUCAUCCAUAUUCAUGUCACCCAGUGGCCAAAACUGUUGGUGGGCAUGUGAUGGGCUGUUCAAGUCUUGCAGGAAGCUCCCAGAGUUACCAUCAUUGGAUAUAUGCUUUAUAAAUGGAGAUAAGGAAUCAGUUUGUGCUGGGAGCCAUUUAAUUGUAUCCGGCAGGGAAACAUUUGGUUCUGUCGUGUGGAGAUUUGAACUCGAAAUAGGUAAAUGGUUCAAGGGUCCUUCCAUGAUUGAUCCUAGGUGCUUGUUUGCAUCUGCAACCUGUGGCACCUUUGCUUUUGUGGCUGGUGGGAUUGGGAUGGACACUAGAGUCUCGAAUUCGGCCGAGAAAUAUAACCCGGAGACGAAAUCGUGGGAGUUGCUGCCUAGGAUGCAUCAGAAGAGGAAGCUUUGCUCAGGUUGUUUCAUGGACAACAAGUUUUAUGUGAUUGGUGGGAGAGAUGAGCACAACAAUCAGCUCACUUGUGGGGAGGCUUAUGAUAAGGACAAUAACACAUGGGAAUGGAUCCCAGACAUGUUGAAAGAUGAUAGUACUGUUACCCAACCAGCUGCAGCCGCUGCUGCGAUGUUGCUGCAAUCGCCACCGCUUGUUGCGGUAGUGAACAAUCAGCUUUACUGUCUUGAAACAUCAUGCAAUGAGGUGAGGGUGUACAUGAAGAGCAGCAAGACAUGGAAGAAUUUGGGAAAAGUACCAGUUAGAGCUGAUCUUCAUGAAGGAUGGGGUGUGGCAUUCAAGUCUCUUGGCAAUGAGCUGCUGGUGAUCGGAUUCUCGUCUUCCGUUUCAAGUGGCGGCAAUGGCAGUGGCAUGACUAUCUACACUUGCAGCCCGCGGCCGGAGUCGGAUGACUUGAAAUGGCGGCGCGUUGAGGGCUGCGAAGACCGCCUUAACUUCUUUCUUCUCAACUGUUCAGUCAUGGUGGCUUGAAUUUGUACUCGCACGUUACUGUUUAAUAAACUUUUCCACAUAUGGCACCCAGAGUCUUUUCGACAGAAAUUUUCGGAAAAGACAUUAGUAAAUCCGUCCCUAAACGCUAAAAUUUCCUCCAACAUUAAUCCA